UAAGCCUCAAAACUUUUCAACAUACAUAAUUGGAUGUGGGCCCCAUAUAUAAAGAUAUAUAUAUCUAACACCUCCAAUCUUGAAUACCCAAAUCUGUAUUUCCCUAUUCUGUGCCUGUGGUGAACAGGGAAUGGUGUCCCUAACUCAAAUUUCAUUGAGGAUGUUUAAACUACUCAUUUCCUAUUGGUAACAGUCUUGGGCUGCCCAAAAGCACAACUAUAAAAACAAAAAGUAAGUACUCCCCCAACUGAAAAAUGGAUGUGAAGAUUUCAUCAUCCACGCAGAUAAAGUUUUUCUUCGGAACUGAGAAACCAAUACAAACAACCCAAUUCAAUCGUCCCUUCAUUCAUCUUACCUGCUUCCCCAAUGCCGUAGUGAAAUCCGUGGAAUCUGCGCACACCCACCAAAUGUUCGAUGAAAUUCCUGUUUCAGAUACAUUUGCUUGGAACAAUCUUAUCCAGACUCAUCUCGGCAACAACCAUUUUGGCGAAGCAAUGUCGACUUACGGGCAAAUGAUGCUCCGAGGUGUUCGCCCUGACCGGCACACAUUGCCUCGAAUUUUAGCUGCUUCUCGCCAUUCGGGCAGCUUCUUCUUUGGCAAACAGGUCCACGGGCACGCUUUGAAAUUCGGGUUCUCUUCUGAUGACUAUGUAACUACGGCGCUAAUAGAAUUAUAUGGCCGUCUUGAAGGUGCUGAUGCGGCUAAAUGGCUGUUUGAUAAAUCCCCCAAGAGGAACUCAGUUUGUUGGACUUUGUUGGUUGGUUUGUUUGUGAAGGAAGAUAAACCCCGAUUAGCCGUUGAUCUUUUUAAUCAGAUGGUGGACUCUGGGGUUGGCAUUGAUCCGGUGGCAUUAACCACUGCUAUUUGUGCCUGUGGCUUGUUGAAAUCACUGCGUGAGGGAAGAAAUGCUCAUCAGAUUGCUAGGAAAUGUGGGUUGGAGUUUGAUGUAUUGGUGAGCAACUCACUCUUGAAAAUGUACCUUGAUUGUGGCAGUAUAAGAGAUGCCCGUGCAGUUUUCGAUGGAAUGACAUCAAAAGAUGCCAUUUCAUGGACUGAAAUCGCUCGUGGAUAUGUGAAAAACGGAGGAUUCAAUGAGAGUUUGAAAUUAUUUAGGCAGAUGAAUAUGGAGGGAAUGAAACCCGAUGCACCUGCAAUCUCUAGCGUCCUUCCAGCUUGUGGAAGAAUAGCAGCCCAUAAGCACGGAAAAGAAAUUCAUGCGUGCUUGCUAAGAAAUGGGAUUCACAUGAAUCUCACAGUGCAGAAUGCUCUUAUGGACAUGUAUGUGAAAUCAGGAUCAAUUGAAUGUGCUUUGAAGAUAUUUGCACGGAUGAAGGACAAGGAUGCAAUUUCAUGGACUGUGAUGAUAUUGGGCUGUAGUGUUCAUGGAAGAGGAGAUCUUGGAGUUGAAUUGUUCCGUGAAAUGGAGAAAGCCUCAGGCAUUGAAAUAGAUCAAACCACAUAUGUUGCAGUCCUCUAUGCUUGUUAUACUGCUCGCAUGGUUGACAAUGGAAGGUUUUACUUUAACUGCCUAAGGACACCAAAGGUUGCACAUUGUGCUUUAUUGGUUGCUCUGCUAGCUCGUGCAGGACUUUUUGAUGAGGCAAAAGCCUUUAUUCAGGAACGGCAGAUUUCACGGCAUGCUGAGGUUCAGAGAGCAUUGUUAGAUGGGUGCAGGAUCCACCAGGACAAGAGCACGGGAAAGCGGGUCAUUGAGCAGCUCUGUGAUUUGGAGCCUCUUAAUGCAGAUAACUAUGUGUUACUGUCAAACUGGUAUGCUCACAAUGCAAAAUGGGACAUGGUCAAUGGAGUAAGAGAAACUAUAAGGGACAUGGGUUUAAAACCUAAAAAAGCUUAUAGCUGGAUAGAGCUUCGGAACAAAAUUCAUGUGUUUGAGACGGGGGAUGUAUCCCACCCGAGGUCAGGGAGAAUAUAUUGCGAAUUACAGAGUUUGAUGAAGAAAGUGGAUGAAUGUAGUGAACCUAUUUCAGAUUUUAGUCUCCAUGAUGUUGAUGAAGAGCGAGAAUGCGUUCCCAUAGGGCACAGUGAAAUGCUGGCAAUUUCGAUGGGGCUCAUCAGUACACAAGCAGGGGCAACAAUACGUGUGACCAAAAACCUUCGCGUUUGUCGCAGCUGCCAUGCUUCAGUGAAGGUCAUCUCUAAACUAGUAGGCCGAGAAAUCAUAAUAAAGGAUCCAAGUUGUUUCCACCAUUUUAAGGAUGGAGCUUGCUCUUGUGGGGAUUUCUAGUUGUUCUUGUUUUCAUUUUACAGUUGCUUGCAUAAUUAUACCAUCGAGGCCUUAAAAAUCAGCGCUUGAGAUGAGUCCAGAAGAUACCAUCUGAGUUCAAGAUGGAAUGGUAUGUUUCAAGAAGCAGACAGGCACAUCUCCUCAGUUGUAGGUAAAUCAGAUUGAAUUGAAUUGCAUUUUUAGUUUAUUGCUUCUUGGGAGGAGUGGAGUGGAGGAGUGAAUUUAGGGAACACAAAUCUUAUUACAUUGUCAAAUCAUUUGUCUGUUUAGUGAACUUGUUAUGAAACUCGGAUUUCAAUUUACAAACUCCAGUUGGGAUUUUAAAACAAAUAGUCCCACUUGUCAUUGAAACGCUCCAAUUAGAGUGAAUUACUUCUCAGUGUAGCUUUUUCAAUA